AUGAAGCCGUUUAUUCGCUCCGCCCCGUCGAUCGCCGCGGAUGCGCGCUACAUCAUCGUCGGCGACGUGCACGGGUGCGUAGAGCAGCUGGAGCAGCUGGUGGAGAAGGUGAAUUACGUGAAGGGCAAGGAUUGUCUCUUUAUCAUAGGCGACUACGUGAACAAAGGGCCGGACUCGAUUGGAGUGGUCCGCGCGUGCCAGCGGCUUGGCGCCUACGGCGUGCUCGGGAACCACGAUUACACACUGCUGCGCUGCUGUGCCCGCAUGCGUCGCCGUCCCUUCACUCCGGAGGACCUACGCGACCCGGUGAAGCGACUGGCGCAGAAGUUUCCAAAGGACUGCGAGUACUAUCUACGCGGGCUGCCCCACAUUGUGCGCAUCCCCCGCCACAACCUCCUCCUCGUCCACGCCGGUCUCAACGUGGAGCACGCGCUGGAGGAGCAGAACGUGGAGGAGGUGAUGCACCUGCGCCGACUGGAGGAGGUGCCGAAUCGGCCAGGUGGGUACAACGCGAUCGCCAAAGGCAUGAAGGGCGAGCGGUGGGGGACGCUGUGGAAGGGGCCCGAGAUGGUCAUCUUCGGCCACGACGCCUUCUCUGGCUUUCAGUCGCACCCGUACGCGUGCGGCAUCGACACCGGCUGCGUGUACGGCGAUCCGCUGACGUGCGUCGUGUACGGCCCCAACUCGACGGCCGGCGAGUUUUUCUCCGUGCCCGGCCUGCCGAAGCUGGAGAACGAGAUGAAGGGGCUGCCGCCGCCCAACUCCGGCAUCUACGAGCAGCAUGAGGGGGAUCUCGCGAAGCUCAUCAUCCGCCCCACAACUCGCCCCACGCCCGCGACGAGCGGCACCAUCGGCGCACGGCCGGUCUUCCUCGCCGCGCCGCUCGGGUACACGGAGGCUCUGGAGGGCGUCCGCGGUGAAGGGGUGCCGAGCGCCAAGACGACGAGCAACCUCACCGCCACUGUCACCAGCACCAACACCCUCAUGACGCCGACCUCCGCCUCGCCGUCCCGGCUGGCGACGCCGACGUGUCCGACGAACGUCCGCCUUCUCGAGACGACGACGGUGAACACGCGCGAAGUGCAGCGCUCGACCCUGUUGGCGCUCUCCGCGACGCGCGAGUUGUCCGCGAUCGCGGUACUGCUCGGCAUGCCGCUGUACAGCAACGAAAUUGAUGCCAUGCUCGGCGCAGAAGCGAAGGACGACGUGGCGCAGGAAGCCUUCUGGAUGCCCUUCGCCCGUCUUGUUUUGGUGGCAGCGGAGGGCAUGUCAGAACGGAGCGCCAGCGAGUUGGCUUCAACGGAGGCGGCGGUUCAGCUCGCGCUCGACGUGUGCGAGGAGAUGGAGGGGGUCGGGACGGCGCUACACGCGGAACUUCUCAAGUUCAUUGCGAGCGCGAGAGAGAACCAGAAGUGGCCGAAGCGCAUCGUGAAGUGCGCGGAGGCCCUUGUAAGCUGA